GUAAAAAUAGCCUGCCACUUGAGGAUGAAGCUGCGAGAUGAACAGGUUGCUGCUUACUAAAACUUACAGGAGGCAAAUGCGAAAAUAUGCUUCACCCGCAUCAAACCUUUCUUGGAUCUGUUAAUUCAUCUUUCAAUCUUCCGGGAAUGCAUGUUACACAACCUGAAAAACCCGCAUCAAACAACAACAGAUUUACAACGACAAGACUCUAACAUUAUUUUUGCUAUAUGUGUUUUACUGAUUUCGUAAAAAAACAUUUAACACUUUUGGAUAAGAAAAACAACCGAGGAUUCUAGCAGCUGCUUGUUAAUGGCACUACGCGCCGGGAGGACUUGGUUUGGGCAGGUCUUGCGCAGAGUGUCUCGGCUGCAGGGCUCGUGGUCCCGGAGAUCGAGCAGCCUCCUGUGUCUCUCUGCGAACCCAGAGCAGGAUCUGGGGACCUGUUACAGGGAUCACACUCACAGCAGUCUUCAUAACUGCUCCUCCGUCCACCGCACCCACCGUCACCAACACGCGCCAGUCUGUCCCUCCUCUUCCAGCCGCUGCCAACGUUUUCCCGACUGCUGCGCAGCCUUCCCGGGGGAUCCGAGGGGACAUGAGCCCCUCACUCGCCGGUUCCUGGUGGUCAUGAAGCGGCAGAACGUGCGGACCUUGUCCCUGAUCAUCUGCACGUUCACGUACCUGCUGGUCGGGGCCGCGGUGUUCGAUGCCCUGGAGUCAGACUUCGAGAUGCGGGAAAAAGAACAGCUGGAGGCUGAGGAGAAGCGUCUCCAAGGGAAAUACAACAUUAGCGAGGACGACUACCGCAAAUUGGAGACCAUCAUUAUGGAGGCCGAGCCCCACAGGGCCGGAGUUCAGUGGAAAUUUGCGGGAUCUUUUUACUUUGCCAUCACAGUCAUCACCACGAUAGGUUAUGGUCAUGCAGCUCCUGGGACGGAUGCUGGGAAGGCCUUCUGCAUGUUCUACGCUGUCCUGGGAAUCCCCUUGACCCUGGUCAUGUUCCAGAGCCUGGGCGAGAGGAUGAACACUUUCGUCAAGUCCCUCCUGAAGCGCAUAAAGAAGUGCUGCGGCAUGCGCAUCACCGACGUCUCCAUGGAGAACAUGGUGACGGUGGGCUUCUUCUCCUGCAUCGGGACCCUGUGCAUCGGAGCGGCCGCCUUCUCCCACUACGAGGAGUGGAGUUUCUUCCAGAGCUACUACUACUGCUUCAUAACACUGACUACCAUCGGCUUCGGGGACUUUGUGGCCCUGCAGAAGAACAGGGCGCUGCAGCGGAGGCCCCUGUACGUGGCCUUCAGCUUCAUGUACAUCCUGGUGGGCCUGACUGUGAUAGGGGCCUUCCUCAACUUAGUAGUACUGAGGUUCCUGACAAUGAACAGCGAGGACGAGAGACGGGACGCCGAGGAGAGGACCUCAUUGGCGGGAAACCGAAACAGCAUGAUCAUCCACAUUCAGGAGGAGACGCUGGGGAGAGGAGCCGCUGCGGGAAGGAGGCGCAGGGAAACGCAGGGCCAGUACCGAGCCGAGGUCACCGACCUGCAGUCCGUCUGCUCGUGCAUGCAUUACCACUCGAAUGAGUUCGGCAGCUGUGGGGGAGGGAUGGGAGGUGGGGGGAGGAUUGGGGGAGAAGGGAUGGGCUGUGCCUUCUCCCACCAGAACUCCUUCAGUUCCCAGUUGAACCCCCACCAGUACUUUCACUCAGUGUCGUAUCGCAUUGAGGAGAUCUCUCCCAGCACCCUAAAAAACAGCUUCUUUCCCUCACCAGUCAGCUCUGUCUCCCCAGGCCUCCACAGCUUCACAGACAAUCACCGACUCAUGAAGAGAAGGAAAUCUAUCUGAGCCUAGCACAGCAAAGUCUGAUGAGCUAUAUGUUGCAUUUCAAAGUUUUGCCUGAAUACUGAAAUGUUGAAAUGGAACACAUGGAUCAUGAGACUGAGUUGACCUACACAGAGAACUCCUAGCUUUCCUUUUUAUAUAAGUACAAUGCAUCUCCAAUGCUGCUCCUAACCAAAUCUCAUUUUAGCACUUUUGUUUUGAUUCUUUAAGUUGGUAUAAAGAUUUAAUAUAUUGAUGUGAUUCAUGGGAAAUGAUGAUAGAGGAAGGAGCUUCUGAAAGAAAUUGAAAACUUGUUGGACAUUAAAUGUUUUUUUUUU